ACAUUGACAGAAAAAAAAACAAACAAAGAAAUUAUUUCUGUUCAUCAAUUUUAGGUUUUUGAGGAAAAACAUUUAAAUAGCCAUGAUUAACCAAAUUAAAGAGGAACCGAUGGAUGAUGAACCACCAAUGACCCUAGGACAGCCCUUAAGUGAUUUUUUACUUCAGCUGGAAGACUAUACUCCAACUAUUCCGGAUGCUGUGACCGCUUACUAUCUCAGAACGUCAGGAUUUGAACCAAAAGAUCCUAGACUUUUGCGACUCAUAUCAAUUGCUGCCCAGAAAUUCAUAUCUGAUAUUGCCAAUGAUGCCUUACAGCACUGCAAGAUGAGAACAUCCAAUUCUUCAACAAGUCAUGGAGCAAGUUCUAAGGGAGCAAAAGGAAUUAAAGACAAAAAAUACACCAUGACUAUGGAAGAUCUUACACCAGCUUUGGCAGAAUUUGGAAUAGUUAUUAAGAAACCACACUAUUAUGUUUAAUUUUCCUUUUUUAAGUAAUAUUCUCUUAGACUUAUUUUAAGGGCAAAAAUGUUUAUAAAAUGAACACAUUUGGAUUAUUUGCUAUAUAUAAUUAGAAUCAAAAUAGUAGAGGGUAUAAAUAAAAACAAAAAUAUU